UUAUGAAGGUAGCCAAUGGCAGCGCCGCGGCCGCCGCAGGCCCUAGCUGCGCCUUGAAGGCGGGCAAGGCGGCGGGCGGCGCGGGCGAGGUGGUGCGCUGCCUGUCGGAGCAGAGCGUGGCCAUCUCCCGCUGCGCCGGCGGCUCCGGGGGACGCCUGCCCGCCCUGCUCGACGAGCAGCAGGUGAACGUGCUGCUCUACGACAUGAACGGCUGCUACUCGCGCCUCAAGGAGCUGGUGCCCACUCUGCCCCAGAACCGCAAAGUGAGCAAGGUGGAGAUCCUCCAACACGUCAUCGACUACAUCUGGGACCUGCAGCUAGAGCUGGAUUCGCAGUCCGCCGUCGGAGCCCCCGGAAGCCGGGGACUCACCGCCCGGGCUCCGCUCAGCACCCUGAACGGCGAGAUCAGCGCCCUGGCGGCCGAGGCCGCCUGUGUUCCAUCGGACGAUCGCAUCUUGUGUCGCUGAAAAGCCACCCCGGGGAGCGGCAGACCCGAGCCCUUGAGAGGGAAAG